UUAAAAAAAAAAAAAAAAACAGAAAUAGAACUGUCAAAGAGCUCACUGAAGAAUAAACCCGUCAUUCUCUGCAUCUACUACCACUAUGGUUGACGUCGAACGAAGAAUGAUGGGUUUAAACAAAGCCCAUGUAGCCGGUCUCCGCCGUCUAUCUGCUCGAGCAGCUGCUCCAUCUACAACCAAAACCACCAGUUCUAAUCGAAAAAGUCUUCUUUCUUUCACUUCCUUGGCUGAUAAAGUCAUCUCUCAUCUCCUUACCUCAAACGUAACUGUUUUACCCGGUCUCACAGACACUGAAUUCGCUCGUACCGAAGCUGAAUUCGGGUUUGUUUUUCCUCCUGAUCUCAAAGCCAUUCUUUCAGCUGGUUUACCAGUCGGUCCCGGCUUUCCUGAUUGGCGUAGUACCGGUUCUUCCAGACUCCAUCUCCGAUCACUACUUGAUUUACCCAUUGCUUCUAUAUCAUUACAAGUUGCUCGUAACACUCUCUGGCCAAAGUCCUGGGGAUUGAAACCCUUAGAAGCCGGAAAUGCGAUGCGAAUAGCUAGAAAUUCAUUGAAAAAAGCUCCUCUUUUGAUUCCUAUCUUUAACCACUGUUAUAUUCCUUGUAAUCCUUCUUUAGCUGGUAACCCAAUUUUCUUUGUUGAUGAAAGUUCCGUUUUUUGUUGUGGGUCUGAUCUUUCUGAUUUUUUCGAACGCGAAGCUGUGUUUUGUUACGAUGAUCAAACCCAUGUUACUAAAAGAAUAUCAUCAUCAAGCGAUGAAUGCAACAUUGUGGAGAACAAUGAGUUCUCGUUCAACACCGUUAGAAGAAGUUUGGAUUACAGUGGGAAUUCACAAACGAAAUCAGGAAGAUGGGUUGAAUUCUGGAGUGAUAUAGUUACUGAUCGGCGAAGACGACAAAGAAGAAAUUCUUCAUUUUCAUCUUUAUCUUCAGCUUCAGCUUCAUCAUUAUCAUCUUUAUCUUCAGCUUCAUCAUUAUCAUCGAAUUCAUCAACAUCACCGGACCGUUUUCUUCAAGAACCCAAAUUACAACCGAAAUGGGUAGAAGAAUAUUUGGACGGAAUCGGUUCGAUUUUAAGAGAAAGCGGCUGGAAUGAACCGGAUGUAACUGAGAUUAUAAAUGAACCGGCUUCUGGUUUUCUUGAAGGUGGCGAAGGAGAUGGAGAAUCGGUUAUAUUAGACAGUCAAUCGGUUUAUGAUGCUUUGCUUCUGGAAGCUGAUCGGCUAUCCGAUUCCCUCAGACGAGCUGGUUGGAGUUCAGAAGAAGUUACUGACGUUUUGGGGUUUGAUUUUAGACCCGGAAAGGUUAAAAAACCAGCUCUAAAAUUAUCUCCGGAACAAAUCGAGAAAAUCGGGAAACUUGCUGAAUCAGUUUCCUGUUCUUAAGGUUUUCGAUUCUUAUUAAUAACCGGCAACCGAGUAACAUUACUGGUUUUGGUAGAGUUUAGUUUUUCCUUGCCGAUUUUCUUACCGACUUUUUUUUAAGCUUGUAAUUUUGCUUUGUUGCUUCAAUCGGUGAAAAAAUCGGGAAAAGUGAUGUACGAAUCCACAAAACAGUAAUAUAAACGUGUUGCACU